AGAGAGGGAGAGUGAGUGAGUGAGUGAGUGAGUGAGACAGCAAGAGAGAGAGAGAGACAGAGAGAAGGGAAAAGAAGAGGGAGGCGGAAUGCAACAGGCUGAGCUCUAUCGUCACCGUGAGAGGGACUUCUGACUGACAAACACAGCUACUACUCUGCCUCCCAGCUCAUUUCUCCUCUGACUUACACCCUCGACAACCGACAACACACUCUGCGGCGUUUCCAUCCCAGCUGUGAGUCUGGACCUGGUCAGGUCUUGGUCACUUGGCUCCUGGUCUCUCUCCGGCUCUUCCUCUCUCUCUCACCAGCAGCCCUCUGGUGGAGAAGCCGGCAGCUGAGAGGCUGAAGAGGGUAGAGGAAGAGGAAGAGCGAGUAAAACAGCAAGACAAUCAGAGAGAGAAGUCACCUCAUCCAUCACCAGCACUUUUUUUACCAUGGCAGCCAACAGGGAGCAUCAAGUGCGUCACAUGACCACCUUCCCCCGCGCCAUGUUCCCGUUCACCUUUAACUCCAUGAGGAGCCACUCCCACUUUGACCUACUGGCCAGUAACCACCUUUUAGGCCGUUUUGGGGCUGACCUGCCCAAAGAGAUGGCUGCACUGUCGGUGGAGACCCAGAGCACCAGCUCAGAGGAGAUGGUGCCCAGCUCUCCUUCUCCUCCUCCUCCUCCCCGGGUCUACAAACCCUGCUUUGUGUGCCAGGACAAGUCCUCUGGUUAUCACUAUGGAGUCAGCUCCUGUGAGGGAUGCAAGGGUUUCUUCAGGCGCAGCAUCCAGAAGAACAUGGUGUACACAUGCCACAGAGACAAGAACUGUCAGAUCAAUAAAGUGACCCGUAACCGCUGCCAGUACUGUCGGCUGCAGAAGUGCUUUGAGGUUGGCAUGUCCAAAGAAGCGGUGCGCAACGACAGGAACAAGAAGAAGAAGGAUGUGAAGGAGGAGGUGGUGCUGCCAGAGAACUACGAGCUGAGCGGAGAGCUGGAGGUGCUGGUUAAUAAAGUCAGCAAAGCUCACAAGGAGACCUUUCCUUCUCUGGGCCAACUAGGAAAAUACACCACAAAUUCAAGUGCUGACCACAGAGUGCAGCUGGACUUGGGCCUGUGGGAUAAGUUCAGUGAGCUCUCCACUAAGUGCAUUAUAAAGAUCGUGGAGUUUGCCAAGCGGCUACCGGGCUUCACUACGCUCACCAUCGCUGACCAGAUCACCCUCCUCAAAUCUGCAUGUCUGGACAUCCUGAUGCUGAGGAUAUGCACUCGUUACACUCCAGAGCAGGACACGAUGACCUUCUCAGAUGGCCUGACUCUGAACAGGACACAGAUGCAUAACGCCGGCUUUGGUCCACUCACAGACCUGGUGUUUGCCUUCGCCGGUCAGCUGCUGCCGCUGGAGAUGGACGACACAGAGACGGGGCUGCUCAGUGCAAUCUGCCUGAUCUGUGGAGACCGCAUGGACCUGGAAGAGCCGGAGAAGGUGGACAAGCUGCAGGAGCCGCUGCUCGAGGCCCUGAAGAUCUACACCCGCCGCAGGCGCCCGAACAAGCCUCACAUGUUCCCGCGCAUGCUGAUGAAAGUCACAGACCUGCGAGGAAUUAGCACCAAAGGUGCAGAAAGAGCCAUCACGCUGAAGAUGGAGAUUCCAGGGCCGAUGCCUCCUCUGAUCAGAGAGAUGCUGGAGAAUCCCGACACCUUCGAGGACAGCAGCGACUCAGGGGACAGCGCCGCCUCCACCGCCGACGCCGCCACUGCCACCGCCCCUGCCCCCGCCCCCGCCGCUCCAGCCAUCAAGCAGGAGGAGAAAGCCACGGACGAGUCGGCCGUGGAGGAGGAAGAGGACGACGCGGAGGACGACUACUGGGACGAGGAGAGAGAGCGGGAGGCGGACAGUGACAGGGAGCUGUGGGGGGAGGCGGCGGUGGCGGCGGCCGCAGCAGCUACAGCAGCGGCGCUGGCGGCGGUGAAGAGAGCUGUGACUGGGAAAACACAGUGAGAGAGAGACAGAGAAAGAGAGAGAGAGAGAGAGAGACACGACGGUGCUGCAUCCUCCUCCAGAAAAGUCUGUCCACAACUUUUGACUGGUACUCUAUAUAUAUAUAUAUAUAUAUAUAUAUAUAUAUAACAAUUUGUUGGCAUACAGCACAUAUUUACAUAUACUGUACAUAUUCUGGGCUGAGAGGAGAAACGUGUUCAGUCUGGCGUGAGAAACACAGAGAGAAAUAAAGCACUAAGUAUCAGUGGAUUGAGGAAAAGAAAAAAAAGCACAUUUUUAAAAUCACUGUGCCAAAAACGAGACUUUCUGAAAAAGGUAUUUCAAAAGUGUUUUGUCCACACAGAGGAACCAGAGGACAGAAGAAAAUGCACUCCUCCGCUAAAUAUAAGGGCUAUGCUGUGUAUAAAGUUUGAUGGUAAAAGAAAAAAAGCAUUGAAACAACAGAACUUAACAUGGUGUCCGUUUGUCUUCUCAAAAUUCCUUUUAUUACUAUUCAGAGAUAUGCUUCUUAUUUUUUUAUUUUAUUGUAUGGUUUUCUGACGUACGUACACAUGUCUGUUUUGUUCUUUCGGGACUGUCUUCAUGCCUGUUUUCUUUUGAAUAUUUUGCCCCUCAGUCUUGCUUAUAUUUGACUGGACAUAUCUGUUGUUGGUUUUAUUUGUAUUUGUAAAAGCUUGUGUUUAUUUGUAUGCGUUUCACAGCAAAAAGAAGCAAUAGAAUCAGGAAGAAAAAAAAGCAAUAGGAAAGCAAGAGCAGGUCAUGAGCAGGACUCAAACUCACGGUUUGUAACUCAGUCUUUUAAACUCGGAACAUUUACGUGUCGUUGCUUCACAUUGUGUCAAAACAAAAUGAUAAUCAAAUAUUCCAAUUCACAAAAACAAAAGGGUACAAACUCGAAUCAGCACAGUCUCAGGUUGAUUAUAAAAGGGCCAAAUCUCAUCUGUCAACAGAGAUUUGAUUUAAAGAACCCAAACGUUGCCAUUUUUGCCGAAAGUAGAAAAGAUUUGUCUUGUUUUUUUACUACGAUGUACCAGGUACAGGUAAGCCAUACGAUCUCCAUGUUGUCAGAGUGGGCAAACACGAAUCAGCGUCGCAGAAGAAAAGCUGUUUACGUCACAGAAAACCUCAGGUGUGUGUGUGUGUGCGUGUGUGCGUGUGUGUGUGUGUGCGUGCUUGUGUGAGUGAUGUGCAGAUGUCAUGUUACUGUCAUUACUGCCAUAAGCAUUUAUGCAAAAACUCUUAAGAACUUGUUGUGUCUUGUAAAUGAAAGAAGACAGCGGGAAAUAUCAGAAAACGAGAAGAUGUUUGGUAUGAAAUCACUCACCCAAAGAUGUUUAGUUUGGACAGAAUCACAGACGUCACAGCGGAUCACAUGAAAGGACCUUUGUGUUCAUGGCUGCUGUAAUGAGUGAUGCAAAACACGGAUUAUGUCAUAAAUACCUUUUUUUAUUCGUUUUCUUUUCUCUUUGAGACAAUACAACUUUUUUAUGCAAUGUGUGCGUGUGAAAUAAGUCAGUAUUUGUGUUCUCCAUCAACACAUGGUGGCUCGACGUUGUAGAUACAGUGUGAGGAAUAAAGGAAAAAGGAACUCUUUAUUGUAAAGUGUUGAGCGGGGGGGGGGGCUGCCGGUGUGUGUUUGUUAAAAUGUGUCCUCAGUAACACACCUGAAGCCAUGAAGGACACGCAAGGUGAUUUAAGCAUGAAACAAUCAACUCUUGACGCCGUGAUGACGUCUCAGUCUGAGGUCGAACAGGAAACUGUCUUCAGUGUAGUCGCUCGCUCUGUUUCUCUUUCACACACACACACACACACACACACACACACGUCGUCAUCAUCAUCAUCAUCACUGCGUCUGCUGAUUCCACUCACUGUUAUUUAGUAUUUAAAACUGUUUAUACGUCAUAUAACCAUUAUAUUUUAGUCCAUAUAAGUCCAAUUUGAGCAAUCGGUGCAGUAAAAGUGUUGCUUUGAUGACACAGACCUGAGCUCAGUAUACAAAAGAAUAAUAUGUUUAAAAAAAAAAAAAGACCAAA